UAUGAACAGGAAGUAGCCCAACAUAGAGUUAGCCAGCCUAGCUAGGUUAGCUGUUGCGUUACAAAAGCGAAAGCAGCACUUCUUGUAUCCGUCUGGGGGAAUUAAAACCUCACCAUGAAACUUAGAGCUUUAGUUUCGGUCUGUUUUUUGGUGGCUGUUUCGCUCGCUGAGGACCCUAAGACGCCGCCGGUUGUCGCUCCUGAGCGCGUAUCCAGCAGCACCGUAGCUAAGGGUGGAGGUAACUUCACUCUGCCCAGCUUUGAGCUGGACGUGUCCAUGGUCCAGAGGGCUUUGUAUGUCCUCAUCGGCAUCACCGUGAUCGGACUCCUCUAUUUCCUCGUCCGAGCAGUCCGCCUGAAGAAAACAACCACACAGAGGAAAAAAUAUGGGCUUUUGUCGAAUUACGACGACACUGUAGAAAUGGCACAGCUGGAGAGCGACGAGGAGGACACGACUGUGUACGAAGCCAAGUCCUUAAGAAGGUGACAGAGGCCGAUGAGGUGAAUCUGGAAACACACAAGGACGAAGAACGUAAGGAAGACAAUCCAUUGCUAUACGUGCCAGUCUUUCCAUGCUGUCGGCGUCUAGAGAAGAAAUGCCGGAUAUUGUCAACAGUUUCAGCAAUAACUUGGAAUGUAUUCUUGUAUUGGACUUAAAUGACCAAAAAGAACAUCUCGGAGCUUUUGAGAUGGUCGUUUGUUAUAUAUUUGAGAGAUUAUUGUGGAUUUCGAGUGGUGAAAGCUUUUAUUUUGGUGCUGUUUCCUACCAAAACUACUUUCUUGAAAGUCCUCUGAAACUGUGUAUAAAUCAAUUACAGAACUGAACUCCUUUAAUUUUUGGAAAUGCAGUUUUACAGUUGUUUUCAGAGAAGAGAUGGAAGAGUCAUGAAAGCCUCUUUUUGCAAACAUGCCAACCUUGUUUUCUUCCAAUGAAUUUAUUUCAUAUUGACAAAAGAAAUUUUGCUAACUUGACCAUGAUCUUUCUGUUUUAUUUUAUUUUUUGUUUAUGAUUUCCUAUAAACAGACUCACUUUUGGAGCUGAUGUCGCCAAAUAUGAAACCCUAUUAACAAAACCAAUGUGAUUGUUGUGAUGCUUGUAUAAUGCAAGUUUUGUUUGGCCAAGAAAAUGUUUUUCUCCACGAUAUUUCUUAACAUUCAAGAGGUUGGUUUCAGUCAGGUUGAAAGUCACCAGACAAGCUGAUUAUUUAUUUACCAUAUUUUACAGUGCCAUUUGAAUAGUGUGCAUGAAAUAUCUCAAUAUUAAUGUAGUGUGUUCAGUAUUCAAAAGUCUCAAAGUGUGCCUUUUAAAUAUCUUUUUUUUUUUGGGACAGUUCUGACUAAUUAGAAAUUAUUUGUGAUUAAAGCUAAUCUUUGUAUUUCUAUAUUUCAAAAGCUUUAAGUUUGUGAAAUAAAAUAUUUUGUAUUUAAUAUAUUUCUAAAUGACCCUUUAGGGAAUGUUUUUGGAGAUGUUUUAUAUUCAUAGAAUAUGAAUUCCUUUCCUAUAUUUUUUUGAAAUCCAUAAUUUUUUGUUCUCUCAAGACUUGAUGAAAUUAGGCCUGCAAUUGUGCACAAUGGUCUGUGUAUACAUACUCUAGACAAAUCACAAAGUUAACCCACAGUGGAUGGUAGUCCAAAAUCCACUUCCCCUUAUGCCAUUUUAAUAGAUGGAACAAAGAUGUUCAUUGAUUGUAUGUCAGCCUUUCCUGCUGUUUAAUGAGCUCUUGUCUGUUGGAAUCUGGAAUGAGGGUUGUAUCCAUAGGGUGAAUGUGAAUUCUGCUUGUAUUCUGAUUUUCUCGGGAUGUGUCUGCUGCUGUUACUACAAGCUACUGUUGACAAUUUAACAUUCCUUGGAAGGUCUUUUUCAAAUAAAGAGUCUUUAACUCUUGGUUUUUAUGCA